AUGGUCACCACUGUUUUGCGACAAGAAAUCAAUUGCCACCGCGAGACCUUGGACCGCGAGAAUCCACGAGACUUCAUCGACCUCAUCCUCAACAGUAUCCUCAACAAACAAGAGACCCAAGAGAAGACCGACGGUUUUACAGAAGAAAACGUCGUGUUCAUAGUUCUUGACAUGUUUGUCGCUGGGAUCGACAGCACAACCAUCACCUUACGCUGGGGUCUUCUCUACAUGGUUUUGCAUCCAGAGGAACAACAGAAGGUGCAAGCUGAGCUGGACAGUGUCCUGGGAACAGACCAUGACGUGCCCACCCUGGCCCACAGGUCCCAGCUCCCGUAUACCGAGGCUACUAUCAUGGAGCGCAUCAGGGCAAUCGCUCCCCUCAGCGUUCCCCAUGCUACGGUUCAAGAUACAACUUUCCGAGGCUAUGAUAUUCCAGCAAAGACGCAGGUCAUUGGCAACAUAUGGUCAGCUCAGAUGGACUCUGAAUUCUGGCCAGACCCAGAGAGGUUUGACCCCCGUAGGUUCCUGGACUCUGACGGCAAGGUGGUUACCAGGCCGGAAUCAUUCAUGCCUUUCUCAAUGGACCGCCGUGUCUGCCUCGGUGAGCAGCUGGCUAAGAUGGAGCUCUUUCUGCUCUUCUCUUCCCUCCUGAAACACUUCACUUUUAAGUUGCCAGAGGGCGCCCCUGCACCGUCGACCGUUGGUACUAUGGGAAUAGGUUUGAAACCCCAAACAGUAAAGCUAUGUCUCACUCUGCGUUGA